UUUCAUAAUUUAAUAAUCCAUCUCUCUCAAAACAAAAUAGACAAAAUAGAGAUCGACUCAAUUCGUUUCAAUAAUCUUUUCUCCACAUACAGAAUACAGCUUAAUUAAAAAAAAAAAAAACUAUCCAUGGCGAAAAUAUACCCUGCCUCGCGAACAGUAGAACUCACAGUAUUAUCGGGCGAAAAUCUUCGAAUUGACAAGAGAUCGAUCAAGAAAAAUUCCUUUGUCAUCGUUCGAUCAACAGACGGAGGAAACGACUGCAGAACGACGGAGAUCGAUACCCAAGGUGGAAGCUACCCCAAGUGGAACGAAAAACUCGUAGUCGACUUACCGGUUCAAUCGCCGGCGGUUAGCGUUGAAGUUUACUGCAAAACUGCUUUCGGGAAUAGACUCGUCGGUGUUGCGAGGGUGCCGGUUUCAGAUUUUUCUGGCGGGUACGUGCCGGAGAAUUACUUGCAUUUCUUGAGCUACAGACUGAGGGAUCUGAAAGGCGAAAGGAACGGGAUUAUCAAUAUUUCUGUGAGAACGAAGGUUCCACCCACCCCUGAAUAUUCCUGUUCGUCGCCGGCCCCUCUGGUUGGAACACAUACGGUUGGAGUUCCGGUGGGGAAGAGUAGCUUUAGUGGCGGCGUUGUGACUGGGGUUCCUGUAUGGUGUGCGUCUAACGAUGAAAGAAAAUUUCAUUACUAAAAAAUAAGAAAAGGAAAAAAAAUCUAUUUUUUUUAGAAUAGAAUUUAGAGAUAGUCAUAUUAUUGUAUAAAUGAUUGGGUGAUUAAUUAAUUAUGGAAUUGUUUGAGAUUGAUAAAAAGGAGGACAAAAAAAAGAAAUUUCAUUAUUUGUUUUAAUUUGGUCGUGUAAAUGCAUCAUAGUGUUCGAAAUCAAUCUUUCAAAACUUAAUAGAAUUUUCAAUUAGUAUUAUAUCACUAA